GUGCAAUCAACUCCGAGCCCAGAUCCGGCAGUUUGAAACAUUAUGAAUGGCCAAGGGCAAACACAAACACUAGUUGUUAAGAUUGAUUUUUAGAUGUAAAACCUUCCGUAGUACAGUACUGAUUCUCCACAUCGAUCCCUCCUGUUCUUGUAUUCCUCGAAACAAAUCGUUGAUUUGACAUUGACAUACAGCUGGUCCAGCAUGAAAAGUAUAGAAAUCAUGUAACGAACGCGUUGACAUACAGCUGGUCCAGCAUGAACAGUAUAGAAAUGUAACGAACGCUCUUCUAAAAAGCGAAACAGCGGAAAAGGGCAGCUCGCGAUUUCGUGGGAACAGUAUUGCGCUGUUGCAGGAAGAGCAACAGAGGAAUCGGUUCCGAAGGCGCAAAGAAAAGGUGCUUCAGGAGCUCGAGCACCGCGUUCGAGAGUGGGAGGAUUGCUGUCAAGAGGAGUUUGUGGUUGCUACAACUGAGAUUAAGGCGGGGAGAAUUGGACUCGUCACACUCUAGUGAUUCUCGGCUUACUUGUUGAACAAUCGGUCAAGCUCAGUAUGUAACUGAAACUACUGCCAUGUUUCAAAGAAACUUGAGUUUCCAUUUUUCAUCAUCGCAGGUGGCACAUUCAUACGUACCAGAUGUCGCAAGUACAAAUAGCUUGUUGUGAUGAAGUAGAUCACGCUUUACUCUCCUAGGUUCCCCUUCGCUAAUACCUGUGGCGAAUCAGUUUUGUUGCGCGACGAGCUUCUGGACAUGAGAACGGC